AUGGGUCCCCAAAACAUCUCAUUCGUUAAGAAUCUAACUAUAGAAUACCUAUGCACACCGGAUAGCGAGUUAUCUGCAUUCAAUAGUCACGAGUACGGAUACGAGGAGACAUGUAAUGGUUGGUAUUCCAAGAAAUCACUUAAAGAGGAUGAUAGAUGGGCGAACGUAUUCGAGUACUUCAAAGAAGCCCGGCCUACAUUACAGCUCUUAGCAAUACACCUGCAGCCAUGCGCAGGUUAUGAUGACGGUUGGAGACCUAUGGAUGAAGAAGAACAGGAGCUUAAGGAUAUGAUACGAAGGAGGAUGACCAAUCGCCGUCGACAUAGACGCUGCCGCGUUUUCAAGGACAUGAAUAUCCAGAAGCAUAUAUUAUUCUUCAGCAACGCUAGAAAAAUUCUCUUGUAUGGGCAAUUUAAUCCUCUAUUGUCUUUAUUACUCCACAGAGAACACGGUUCUAUCGUCAAGCGAUCAUCGAACCGGAAAAAUAGCAAAAAUGACUAUUGCUAUUUGGAGAACCUUAAUCCGGAAUACCUCGUAAAUUUGGAGAAUUUCACAGAGUCAGAAAAGAUGAAGGGCGUUUAUUACGAAAAUGUGGAAGAAAAGCCACAAGAGAAAAAAGCAUCAUCAGAGUUUGAGGAGCCGGACCCGGAGCUGGAGUGGAAGCCGGAGUCAGAGGGGGAGGAGGAGCAGUCAGAACCGGAGUCAGAAAUGGAGAGUGCUAAGCUCGGAAUACAUCAGUUUCUUGACAAGGAAGACGAUGAGCUCGACAGAUGGGAUUUUCCUGACAUGCCGUUUUUACGGGAAGUUGUUCCGCGUAUAACGCAGGCCUCACCAUUGGCAACAGUCUUUGUGCGUGCCAUCCCGCCAGCAGGUCACAAUACGCCGCUGUGCUCCGCGACUUCGGAGGCCCCAAACACCGCCGAGGCUCAACUGGCUAAUAUGACCUGCGAUACAAAUUCUUCUGACCAAUAUUUAGAGGAGUGCACCGCACCGGGUACUACUCUGUCGAUAUACCAAUAUUGGCAUGACGACUUGCCGCCAGAUGCUCUUGAGAAUCCCAUUCCGUCCGGAACACCAAAACCUUUGCAAUUUUAA